AUGACCACAAACAACGAAACAACGGUUGAGAUGCCGCGAGGCGAAGCACUCGAGAUGCAGACUGACGACGAGGCGGUUGAGCAUCUGACCAAUGUCACCUCUGUCGAGCCUGCACCUCCCAAUGGCGGCUACGCCUGGGUUUGCACACUUUGCGUCUUCCUCGUCAACUCGCAUACGUGGGGCAUCAACAGUCUACGCUGCGUCGUGGGCAUGACGCCCACCCAGGGUUCCAUCGCAACGCACUGCUCAACCUCGGCCUCGGCCUCGGGCCGCCCCCUCGUCGGCUACUUCAGCGACACCGUCGGCAGGAUCAACAUGGCCAUGCUCAUGACGGCCCUGUGCGCCGUCUUCUGUUUCGCGCUGUGGAUCCCCGCACAGGGCUUCGCGCUACUGGGCGCGUUCGCCGUUCUCGCCGGCGCCACGUGUGGCACUUUCUGGGGCACCAUCACGCCCGUGCUUGUCGAGGUUGUCGGCAUGAAGAAGAUGGCCGGCACCUUUGGCGUCGUCUGCCUGUCCAUGGUGCUGCCCACGACUUUUGCCGAGGUCGCCGCCAUUGAAAUGUCGGUUGGGUCGGACGGCAAGGACUUCACUUCGGCGCAGGUCUUUGUCGCCUUCAUGUUCGUCGCCGGCGCCUUGAGCAUGUGGAUGCUUCGCAGCUGGAAGAUAUUCGACUCAGAGACGGAGCGGCUCGUGGCUCCGGCACCGCGGUCGAGGUAUGGCGUGUCAUGGUUGGCGCCGAGGUUUCUCUUCCGCCUGUGGCAUGUGUAG